ACACUGCCACAUUCAGCAGUGAGCGCGCGCACUGGUUUACAGAGAUUUUCACGUGAGAAAGCGACAAACCGUCACUCGCAUACGCUGUAGCCUAAUUCUCUCCGUUCAUUGCGUCACAGAAGAGGUUACGGGAGGCAUUUUUGUAUCGUUUUCCAAAACUGAAACGCAUUCGACAACAUUACGAUGGUAGACUUUGGCAUUCUUCGUUUUUCUCUGCGCUUCUUCCCUACUUCAUGCCAAGGCGGUGAUUGCAGUGGAUGGGCAGAACGUGCUAUGCUUCCUUUCUAAUCCACAAAGUGGCCGUCUGCUCGGGGAUCUCGCUAAGAAGAUGUAAGGACCAAAAAGCAGCCCCACCAGCCUUCCCCCCCCCCUCCCCCCACCCAAAACCAGCAUCUUCUUCACAAAAAUGCAGAAGGGAAUUCGACUUAAUGAUAGUCAUGUCACCUACCUGGGUCUUUUGGCAAAGAAAGAUGGCACGAGGCGAGGCUGUUUAAGCAAAAAGAGCACUGACAACACGAAAUGGCACACGAAGUGGUUUACUUUAUUGCAGAACAUGCUUUUUUAUUUUGAAAGCGAGUCCAGCUCGCGACCCUCGGGAUUAUACCUGUUGGAGGGCUGUGUGUGUGACAGGUCGCCCUCACCUAAACCUUCACUGUCAGCCAAGGAGUGCUUAGAAAAACAGUAUUAUUUCACAGUCAGCUUCAGUCAUGAAAAUCAGAAAGCCCUGGAGCUUCGAACAGAAGACGUUAAGGACUGUGAUGAAUGGGUGUCAGCAAUAUCACAUGCCAGCUACAGAAACCUGGCUACCGAGCAUGAAACACUCAUGCAGAAGUACCUCCAUCUACUCCAAAUCGUGGAGACCGAGAAAACAGUUGCUAAGCAACUUCGACAACAGAUAGAAGAUGGGGAAAUUGAGAUUGAACGACUAAAAUCAGAGAUUGCUGCAAUGCUCAAAGAUAAUGAGAAGAUUCAGUCGAAUCCCACCACUGCCCCUAGUGAUGAUGAUUCAGAGAUCAAGAAAAUCAAGAAAGUGCAGAGCUUCUUGAGGGGAUGGAUGUGCCGGCGAAAGUGGAAGACCAUCAUUCAGGACUACAUCCGUUCUCCACAUGCAGAGAGCAUGAGGAAGAGGAACCAGGUCGUCUUUAGCAUGCUGGAGGCAGAGGCUGAGUACGUCCAACAGCUCCACAUCCUCGUCAACAACUUCUUGAGACCGCUUCGCAUGGCUGCCAGUUCCAAGAAACCGCCCAUAACCCACGAUGAUGUCAGCAGUAUAUUCCUCAACAGUGAAACUAUAAUGUUUCUACAUCAGAUAUUCUAUCAAGGGUUGAAAGCUCGAAUAGCAAGCUGGCCAACAUUAGUCUUGGCUGACCUGUUUGACAUCCUGCUACCCAUGCUCAACAUCUACCAGGAGUUUGUGCGUAACCACCAGUACAGUUUGCAGAUCUUGGCCCACUGCAAGCAGAACCGUGACUUUGACAAGCUGCUUAAACAGUAUGAAGCCAAGCCUGACUGUGAGGAACGCACACUGGAGACCUUCCUCACCUACCCCAUGUUCCAGAUCCCUCGUUACAUACUGACCCUCCAUGAGCUGUUAGCACAUACACCGCACGAGCAUGUGGAGAGGAACAGCUUGGAUUACGCCAAGUCAAAGCUGGAGGAGCUUUCCAGAAUCAUGCACGAUGAAGUAAGCGAGACAGAGAACAUUAGGAAGAACCUCGCCAUCGAGCGUAUGAUUGUGGAGGGCUGUGAAAUUCUCCUAGACACCAGCCAGACCUUUGUCAGACAAGGAUCCCUGAUCCAAGUGCCAAUGAGUGAGAAGGGCAAGAUCACCCGUGGUCGUCUGGGCUCUCUAUCACUGAAGAAGGAAGGCGAGAGGCAAUGUUUCCUCUUCUCCAAACAUCUGAUCAUUUGCACUAGAGGUUCUGGAGGAAAACUGCACCUCACCAAGAAUGGAGUGGUGUCACUCAUUGACUGCACACUGAUAGAGGAGCCAGAGGGCACAGAUGAUGAGUCCAAGUCAGACAAGAGUGGUCAGGACAUGGAGCACCUGGAUUUCAAGAUUGUGGUGGAGCCCAAAGACAGCCAGUCCUUCACCAUCAUCCUGGUGGCCUCCUCACGGCAAGAGAAGUCAGCCUGGACCAGUGACAUCAGCCAGUGCAUAGAUAAUAUUCGUUGUAAUGGGCUGAUGAUGAACGCCUUUGAGGAGAACUCUAAAGUCACUGUGCCCCAGAUGAUCAAGUCUGAUACCAGUCUGUACUGUGACGACGUGGACAUCCGCUUCAGUAAGAUGAUGAACUCGUGCAAGGUGUUGCAGAUCCGCUACGCCAGUGUAGAACGACUGCUGGAGAGGUUGACUGACCUGCGCUUCCUCUCCAUCGACUUCCUCAACACCUUCCUGCACUCCUACCGUGUCUUCACCAGCGCAGAUAUAGUGCUCGACAAACUCAUCACUAUAUACAAGAGGCCCAUCAGUGCCAUACCAGCCCGAUCCCUGGAGCUGUUUUUCGCCAGCAGCCAGAAUAACAAGCUCCUCUACGGAGAGCCUCCUAAAUCGCCCCGUGCCAGCCGCAAGUUUUCCUCCCCACCCCCACUGGCCAUCACCAAGACCUCGUCCCCUAACCGCCGCCGCAAACUCUCCCUAAACAUCCCCAUUAUUACUGGUGGGAAGGCUCUGGACCUGGCUGCCCUUAGCUGUUCCUCCAAUGGCUAUGCAAGCAUGUACUCCUCCAUGUCCCCUUUCAGCAAGACCACACUGGAUAUCAACAAACUAUACGUGUCCAGCCCCAUCACUAGCAAGAUCCCCGAUGAGGGCGAGGGCAAGACGGACAAGACUGAUGAGGUGUCUCUGUGCAAACAGGACAUUUCAGUGAGAGAGGAGAACGACAACGACCAGAUCCAGGAUGAUGAGGCAGAGGCUGAAGUGUCACCCACCAAGUCGCCCACCACUCCAAAAAACGUCAAAUGCAAAAACUCCUCAGAAUUCUCUCUGUUCUCUUACAAUAAUGGUAUGGUGAUGUCGUCCUGCCGGGAGCUGGAUAACAACCGUAGCGCCUUGUCUGCCGCUUCUGCCUUUGCCAUCGCCACUGCUGGUGCCAAUGAGGGCACGCCAACCAAGGAGAAGUAUCGCCGCAUGUCUCUGGCAAGCACAGGGUUCCCCACAGAUCAGAGGAACGGAGAUAAAGAGUUUGUGAUUCGUCGAGCAGCAACUAACAGAGUUCUCAAUGUCCUCAGGCACUGGGUAUCCAAACACUCGCAGGACUUUGAAACCAACACUGAGCUAAAAAUUAAAGUGAUUAGUUUCCUGGAGGAAGUAAUGCAUGACCCUGAACUGCUGACCCAAGAAAGGAAAGCUGCAGCCAACAUCAUAAGGACACUGACACAGGAGGAUCCUGGUGACAAUCAGAUCUGUUUGGAGGAGGUGCUACAGAUGGCGGAAGGAGGAAAGGCAGAGCCUUUCGAGAAUCAUUCAGCUCUGGAGAUUGCAGAGCAGCUCACUCUGUUGGAUCACCUUGUUUUUAAAGUCAUACCAUAUGAGGAGUUUUUUGGUCAAGGAUGGAUGAAGAACGACAAGAAUGAGAAGACUCCUUACAUCAUGAAAACGACAAAACACUUCAAUGAUAUCAGUGACCUGAUCGCUACGGAAAUCUUACAAAGUGAGGAUGUGAAUGUACGAGUAGCAGUGAUAGAGAAGUGGGUGGCAGUCGCCGAUAUCUGCCGCUGUCUCCAUAACUACAACGCCGUACUAGAAAUCACCUCAUCUCUCAAUCGCAGUUCCGUCUUCCGUCUGAAGAAGACCUGGCUCAAAGUGUCCAAACAGACCAAAGCAGUCAUUGACAAGCUGCAGAAGUUGGUCUCAUCUGAAGGAAGGUUCAAGAAUCUCAGAGAGGCCUUAAAAAAUUGUGACCCUCCCUGUGUGCCGUAUUUGGGAAUGUACCUCACUGACUUGGCCUUUAUUGAGGAAGGGACACCGAACUACACAGAAGACAACCUGGUCAAUUUUUCCAAGAUGAGAAUGAUCUCACAUAUCAUCAGAGAAAUCAGGCAGUUUCAGCAAACGGCAUACAAGAUUGACUACCAGCCAAAGGCAGCAUUGUAUUUACUGCACAGAAGCUCAGUAAUGGAUGAAGAAGGCCUUUAUGAAGCCUCUCUCAGAAUUGAGCCAAAAGUGCCCAACUGAGAGACAGAUUCUGCAUAAGGUCUAUACAUUGUACAGACACCUUACUCUCAACACAUCCAUGUGUUAUGUUAUGUAUUACAUGAUUAUUACUCCGGGUUGUGUUUCUUUGUUUUUGGUCAUUACCACAUGUUACCUAAUUGUUUCAGAUCUUUCACUAAGAAGUUAUCUGUUGAUUUCAGCCUCUGUUUUUUAAGGAACCAUGGUUUUUCGCAACAAUUUCUUCCUCAGUCACUACCAUUAAGGAAAAAGUAUGUUUUUAGCAGGAGUUAUAACAGGAUUUAAUUUGACAGUGACAGCUAUUUCAACUGUCUAUUUUAAGGCGUGGUUGUCUCUGUAAGUGCUACCUGGGGUAAUAAUAUUUUUCAGGCUCAUCCACAUCACCUCCUUAAUGAAAUAUUAAAAGUCGGCAGGAGCAUUUUGAAAUUUUAAUAGCUGCAUGUAACUAAUUUACAGUAUAUGCAUAUCAUGUAGCAAUGUGGAAAGCAGAUAUAUUGCUGUAUACAACAGAGCAUAUAGAAAUACUUAUACUGUUAUACUAUUAUAUUCCAAGGCACAAGUCACUGUACGUAGCUAAACCAAUUCCAGCAUCUUUACAUCCAUUUGUUGCGAUAAUUACCAUUCAUCGCCUGCUGUUUCAAGGAGUUGGUUGGACAUGCCUAAAAGAAAGUUUGGUAUAACUUAGUAAAGCAGGCAGUGUAUAGUUUGCUGAAAAGUUAAUUACAUAACAUGACAUUAAAAAUACAUGGUAUAUCUCUCCAACUGGCCAGUAAUGAUUUUGAUCCAUUCUAGCAUGUGGAAUUUGUCAUCCUCAGUUACUACUUGCAACACUGAAAUCUUAGUAUGACAAAUUUCUUUUUUUUCUUCUUCUUUUUUUUUUUUCCUUAUUUAUUAUUUGCUCAGCCCAAAAAUAGAGAAAAGGCUAUUUCUUUACUAGUUUUCCCAUGUAAUGUUUCUGUUGCUCACAGCCACAUUUCUUAGCAUUUGGGAAACUAUGUUUACUGGGUUCCUUCUACACAAGAUUAUCCAGCUAUUGUACAUUUACAGACAAUCUAUGUCCUUCUUGCUGUUCCAGUGAUUGUGGAACGUGAAUAUCACUUUGUAAAAUGCAUUGUUGUUUAAGAGUAUGAUCAAAAGUGAAUAACCUUCCGGCUUGCAGCAUACAAAGGGUAUUUUUGUAGUCCUAGAAUAAAGAAGUAGGAUUCUGCAUCUGCAUCCAACUUUAAAAAAAGAAAGAAAAAAAAAUGUAGAAACAUUUUUUGUACAAACAUUGUCAACUCACCACACAGAAAAGUAUUCUGUAUAUUUUGUACAUGCAGCCCUAUGUAUUUCUUAACAUGUAAUAGUUUAAAGCACACCUCUUUAAAGCAUUGUACCCUAUGCUUACACACUCAAUGCUAUAUGAUUUGUGUUUUUGAAACCAUAAUCUAGAGGUAGAGGACUUUAAAGUGUUUUUGCAUAUACUGUAAUCCUGUCUAUAAUCAUUCUCUUAGCAGGAAUAUAGUAAUGUAGUGCUUAUUCUGUGAAUAUUUGUAUGUAUUUUUACUAUGUACAGUCUGGAAACACACUAAAAGCUCAAGUGGCAGGCAUGCAACACUGUAUCAGCCAGAAACUUUAAAAAGGACAUAAUACAUGUAUAUAUAUAUAUAUAUAUAUAUAUAUAUAUAUAUAUAUAUAUAUAUAUAUAUAUAUAUAAACAUACUGUAUACACAUAUAUGUGCACAUACUCUUAUAAAUUAUAUAUAAACAUACAAACAAACAUUUUGCUGUUAGCAAUACCCAGUGGUAUGAGAAUUAUCUUUCAACCCUUAAGUUCAUUUCCACGGCUUGGGAAAUAUUUCCAGUUUUGUACAAAAUAAAAGAGAAAUGAACAGAAAAGAAAAAGAAAGAAAAUUAAAUAAAUAAACUGUAUGUUUCCUGAUUACCUCUUGCUAAUAAAUCUAUUCUAUCUCAGGGGUACAUUGCUUACUUGUAUGUGUUUUUGUCAUGCUCGCUUCGCUUUGCUCUUUGACAACUGAGAUCAUGUGGCUGUUACAAUGACACUGGCCUCAUAUUUCUUGAAAAAUACCACCUUUUCAGCUCUAACAAUGUUUGUUCGCUCUGAUAUUAAAAAAAGUUAACUUAUAAAUGUACUUUAUGUUGUAAUAUCUAAAUGAACUGGUUUUAUUAAAGUCAGAAAAAAUA